UAUUUAAAAGAUCCAAAUCUUGUUAUUUCAAAUAGAAACGUCUUUAAUUGACAACUUAAAAGUGACACGUUUCUUCUUUCCAAAAUGCCGAAAUUCGGCGAGUCCGACAUCCUAGAAUUCCAAGACGCCUUCGAUCUCUUCGACAAAGACGAAGAUGGCCGAUUGAACCUGAAAGAGAUGGACAAGGCUCUAAAAGCGAUUGGUUACAUUUUUUCCGCAAACGAGCUGGAGGUCAUGUUCAAAGAAGAAGACCCAGAUGGAACGAACAUCAUAGAUUUCGAAGCUUUUGUCAGGAUCAUCGAAAAUAAUGCUGAAGAAAAGAAUUUGUAUGAAGAAAUUGUGGCGGCGUUUAGGGUUUUUGAUAAAGCUGGUAAUAAUGUUCUCACUGUUAGAGAGAUAAAAGAAAUAAUGACGGCAUAUGGAGACCCUUUGGACCCGGAAGAAUUGAAGUUGUUCAUUAAAGAUGCGGAUCCAAAGAAAACCGGUUACGUUUUGUAUGCAGAAUUGGCCGAGAAAAUAGCAAGAAAGUUGUACGUCAAACCAAAGAAGGCCAAGAAGCCCAAACUAAGGGAAAAAUUACGAAAGCAGAAGGAACUGGAAGAGAAGCAGAAGGAAGAACAAAAUAAGGAGGAAAGAUUGGAGAGAAUCAAGUCGACACUGGAUGGCACUAAAAGCAAGACAGAAGUUUAGUUCAAAUAUAAUAAAAAUAUGAUUUUUUGAACACCUCCUAAAUAAAUUGUAAAAAUAGUAAUAUUAAUAAACCAAGAUUUAUAAAAUAAAACAGAAGGUAGGUUAAAC